AUGGCGCAAUUUUGGAUAGAUCAUACGCUGGCAGCUAGAGCCAAUCCAGCGGUGGAUGAGUUUGGCGAUUUGUAUGGAGGAUGGGAUAGAAUAGGAUUCGACGGUAUAGAAAGAGGUUGCACUCCACCAUCAGGAAAUCCUUGUUCUGCUUUGGAAGCUCUCGCGGCAUUUUAUGAAAGACAAGGAACCACAGAUUUUCAAGCAUUUCAACGAUGCUUUCUUCCACUAAAAUAUAGCACUUACAGAAACACAAUGAUAGCUUCAAUAGAUUGUUUAAUUCUAGGAGAAGCUUCUAAAAAUAAUUUCAAUGUUGGCGAAGUAUACACCAAUGAUGAUAAAAUUGAUGUCACCUUUGAUCUAUUUAUUGUUUCAAACUUUAAAGAGCUUCUCUUUCGUAGGAAAAAAGUAAAAAGGAAAACCAAAGCCAAGAUGCCUUCAUAUCUUCAUAGGUACCCUGCUACUGUUGCAUUACCAAUUUGUUCUAUCAUUUAUCAAUGUUUUUUCUCUACAUUUAUACUUCACAAUGUCAGUAGUAAAGUUCUUAGAAAACUUGUAAAGAGACCUAGGUUAACAAUUUUAGAAAUUAGAUCUUUUUCAGAAUUUCUUGAUAGGGAACAUCCUGAAGAUAUUAAGAUACCUAUCUUUCAAAAUAAAAUUGAUUUGUUACAAUCAUGA